AUGGGCGGCGGCGCUGCCAAGUUGAGGGAGGACGGGCGUAGAGCCCUGGCAACGGGCACUCCGGAGGAUGGUCACAUGCAUUCGGGUUUGACACUACCAGUGUUGGCCUCGAUAAAAGCCGACGGAGAGGAUGACCAGCGCCCCAUUCCCAUUGGGGAUGGUGAGACGAGCAAGUGCUCCUAUCGCUCUGAGCCCGUUUCGCUGGAGGAAGUGCUGGGACAUGCCGACAGCGAGACGGCGCGAUACAGAAAGAAAAAAACAAUCGGGAGGGGAGCAUUUGGUGAGGCGUAUAUUGUGGAGCGCAACCCCAUGUACCCAAUGCCAUCACGAAGCCAGGCCGCGAAAGCAGGGUACAAUCUGCAGAGAGGAAAACGAGCUGGCGAUGACGCCCCUCGCUUCUUUGUAGCCAAGGUGACGAAUUUGACCUCCAUGUCGCCGAGUGACAGACACUAUGCCCAGACGGAAAUCAUGUGCCUCGCGUGUAAUUACCAUUUUGGGAUUAUACAGUACUUUGAGCACUUUUUUAUAGACGACGAAGAUGAGACAAUUAUCAUCAUAACGGAGUUUGCGGAUGGAGGAGAUCUGUACCACAUGCUUUAUAAUGGGCCGACGAAGUUUUGUCUCCAGGAGACGGAGGCCGGAAUUUACUUUGUGCAGCUGCUACUUGGCCUUGACCAUAUUCAUCGCCGUCGGAUGAUCCAUCGUGACGUAAAGGCGGCGAAUAUUUUUUUAACCACGCACGGGUUUUUGAAACUUGGUGACUUUGGUUUCUCAAAGCAGUACGACUGUACAGUCUCAAACCCAAUAGCCUGUACCUUCCUUGGCACAAGUUACUACCUCGCCCCAGAAAUGUGGCGAGGGCAGCGUUACGGCAAAAAGGCAGACAUCUGGGCAGCUGGAAUAGUUCUCUGUGAACUGUUGGGGAAGCGGCGGCCAUUCGAGGCGGACUCUAUUCCUAAAAUGAGGGAGCUUGUUCUCUCUGGUGCCAUGUGGCUUCCCCCCACGCUUCCUGACAACGCCGGCACCUCACCCGAGGAGCGUGAGGAGCAGCGAAACAUGGGCUACAUCUCGAGAGAGAUGCGGGAAUUUAUGGAGUCCAUUCUGCAGGAGAAUCCUGAGAAACGGCCGAGCGCCUCCCAACUUCUCAAGGCACCACUGAUGCAGCACUACCUGUGUUUAUUAAAAAAACGCGUGGAUCGCAUGAUUGCCUCGGAUACCGAAAUGGAGAGUAAGUAUAAAGCAGACCCUGCACAGUUUGCGGGGUCGUUUCCCGAGUAUAAUCUUUCACUGGAGGAGCAGGCACUGGUGCUGAGCGGAAUAGCGGAGGGCGAGGAGGUGAUCCACCUGGAGACGGAACGGGAGAUGGCAACAAGCACCUCUCCCCGCAUUGAGAGCACCGUCUACAAGGAGACGGCUGGUGGCCAGUGGAAGGAACGCUACCUGAUUCUUGCAGAUGGGUUCCUGACAAUGACGCUUGCGAAGGGCAAGGUGGCGGCGGGCUCCGGUGAACGCAGUAAGAAGGUCCCACUUCAAGCAAUCAACGCCGUUGCGCCCGUCGUCUUUGACCUUCCGGUCACAGCUGAAACAAGUGGAGAAAUUGGUUCUGUUCAGGCACAGUUUGCCUUCGCCAUCUCUACGCAAAAUUCACAGUCUAUCGUAUUUGCUACCCGGACUGAGCAGGAGCGUGACCGGUGGCUAUCUGCGCUGAUUGCAGCGCUGAAAAUGGAUUAG